CACAUAGUAAAUUAGUGUGAAUCACUGAAGGGGUCAAGUGAACUAGUCUACAAGAUAACGAUAUGUUCCAGACGAUGGCCUCUAGGGCGAAAGAAGUGACAAAGUUGAUACAGGACGCUAUCCUGAAGAUUUGUUCACAAUAUGUAGAAUUCCAAAAAUCAUUGGAGAUCGAUGGAAUUAUUUGUCUCUCACCUGGGGAGUUCCACCCGGAUAUUGUUGUCAAAAUGCACCGGACUGUUCUACAGCCAAAAUUCAAGGAACUUGCCAGUGACUGGCAUGCUGAUGUCAGCACUGUUUCCCCAAUUGAAUCACCUGACCCUCCCGCCCCUAUGACAUACAACUAUGAGCUUUAUAAUCCACAUCCGAGACUCCACACAUCUGGGAGUAAAUCUGAGCUUCCUAGUCAAACAUUUCAAGAUGGAGGAUCGCAGUCAUCAUAUACAACUGAAGAAGGACAAGUGCAAUCUACUAAUGAAAUCCGCAAUGUAAAACGCAAGAUGAUCAUGGACUACAAUACCCCUACACCGACCCCUGAAAAGCACGCCAAGAUGGAUCAUAUUGAACAAAUCACUAUCGAACAAGAUAACUAUGAAGAUAACGAAUACACAGAUGAUGUGAAUCUCGAUGACUCACAAUCUGGAAUCGCGUCCAAUAUUGGAGAUAUCGCGAGAGAAUACCAAACAGCUGACUUAGAAUCGAAGGAAGUGAGAUUUGGGAAUAUUUCGAAUCCAGGGGAAAAACAUACACUUGGAACAGGAAAAGAGGCGAAAAUAGAGGAGUAUGCAGUAGAAAUGGAUUCAAACAUAUACGAUAUGAAACACACAUCAUAUUCAGAUUCAAUAACACCAUAUAGGAAGGAUGGAUCACCACAAAGCCACAGUGAUUUAACUCACAAUACUAUUGGAAAUUCAACAAAAUCCUAUACUGGCGCCACCUAUCAAUGUGAAUUAUGUCAUAAGAUAUUCAACAAAAGCUCUGUAUAUAAGCGCCAUCUAAAGGUUCACUCUGGUUUAAAGCCAUAUGUAUGUGAGAUCUGCAGUAAGGGAUUCAACAGAAAGGAUGUAUUGCAAAGACAUAUUAAGCUCUGUCAUUCCACGCAGAUUAGCACAAAUGUACCGAAUAUUGUUCCAAAGAUUGAAAUCAUUGAGGACCAUGACUGAGAAACUAAGAUGCCUGGAUAUAACCCUAAGGUUAUCUAAGCUGGAGAGAUUACCACAAGAAGUUAGAAGAUUGGAAAAGUUUUGAUAAUCCCAUCAAUCAAAGUUCAGAGGAAUAUAGAGAAUGCAUUCAUCUGCCAUCGAACAAAGUU